AUGUCUGCAAAUCAUGAGCCCGUCAAGGUUGACCAGUCUUCCAAGACUGGGUCCAUAGAGAAGGAACCCAUUGGCUCCAUGGAGAGGGUCGGCAGCGUCGUUGACGCCGACGUCGAGGAGAAGAAUGGACAGUUCCACCGUUCUUUCACACCUCGCCAAGUCCACAUUAUCUCUCUCGGAUCGAAUAUCGGCAGCGGUGUCUUUAUCGCUACCGGUAAGGCUCUCGCCACCGGUGGGCCUGGCAACAUGGUCAUCGCCUAUCUCAUGGUCUGUAGCUGUGUCUGGUCCGUCCUCCAGACACUUUCCGAGAUGACCAUCGCCUUCCCCGUCUCCGGAAACUACAUCGACUACGCCGACCGAUGGGUCGACCCUGCCCUGGCUUUUGGUGCUGGUUUCGCAGAAUGGCUGGGCUGGACCGCAAUCGUCGCCGCUGAAGCAAGCUUCUUCCACAUUCUCAUCGGUUUCUGGUCCGGAGGCAGUUUCCCUCUCGCAGCAACGAUCAGCUUAUUCCUGGUCGCCUGCCUCGUCAUUUUCCUUCUUCCGAAUACGGUCUUCGCUUGGUUCGAAUACGUCACAUCCAUCAUCAAGAUCUUCUUGUUCCUCAUAAUUAUCUUUCUUUCAUUGGCUAUGGUGCUCGGAGCAGGACCUAAUGGCAAGAUGCACCACGGAGAGACAUGGACGGACUUCCCAGUGUUCCUCAACGGCUUCGGAGGCUUUGCCAACUGCGCCCUCCUUGCUGUUUGGGCUGUUGGUGACCAGGUCUUCAUCGGUAUCAUGGGAGGUGAAGCUGAGAGCCCUCGCUUUUCCAUGGCCCACGCGACAAAACUUGUGCCCUUCCGCGUCAACUUCAUCUACAUGCUUAGCGUUAUCUUCGUCACUCUUCUUGUGCCAUCCAACGACGCACGUCUGCUAGGUGGCGGUGGUGUUGCGGCCUCUCCAUUCGUCAUCGCUGUGCAGGACGCUGGCAUUCCGGCCAUUGGAUCCAUUCUGAACGCUGGUAUGAUGGCCGGUGUCCUCGCUAUUGCCGCUGAGUCUGUGUAUCUGUCUUCUCGAGUUCUCCGAAGCAUGGCCAACCAGAAGCUCAUUCCCGAACGUUUCGCUGGAGUCGAUGCCCAGGGACGUCCCAGGUGGGCUCUCCUGAUUACCAGCUUCUUCGCCAUUCUCCUCUCUUAUAUUCAGCUUUCUGCCGGUGGUCUCGUCGUCUUCAACUGGUUGAUUGGCAUCACCAGCGCCUCAUUCUUCACCAACUGGAUCAUCAUCUCUUUCACCAACUGGCGCUUCCACUGCGCGCUCAAGGCCCAGAACGAUCAGCUCUUUGGCGAGACAUAUGCCUGGAAGUCCUCUCUCUGGCCCCUGGCCCCCGCCGCCUUGAUGAUUGUCUCCCUUGUGCUUCUCGUCUGCUGCUUCUUUGCCGGAGUUGCCCCCGUUGGCGGUCUUGGAUUCUCUGCCGAGAACUUCUUCCAAUACACAUUCGGUUUCCUCGUCAUCGUCUUCUUCACUAUCGGCUACAAGGUCAUCUUCCGAACUCCAUGGCGCGACCCAGCCACUGCUGAUCUCGUCACCGGCCGACGAACCCUCGGCGCCGAGGAGAUCCAGCAGCUAGACGACUACUACAGACAGCCUCCUUUCAGGCGAUUCCUGACAUAUGUCCAGCUUUGGUAG